UGGGAAGCGGAAGAUGGAGUAGCUCUCUGUUGUUUCUUGCCGUAAACUGGAAGCAAUCGUCUGAACUCCAUUUCGAUGGCACAUCUGCAGUCAUCAUGGAUUGUUAUGAACUGUGGAAGCAGUGAGGAGAAACCCAACAUGCAACGUUAACGCAAGAAAGAUAGCUGCACUAAAUAUUCAACAGACAUGUGUUGAUUCAUGUAACUAUGGCAAACUGGUGAAAGUCCCCCCCUCCAGUCACGGUGCUCCUCAGCCGGUGUGUGUCUCUGCUGCCAUGGAGGUGGGCAGCCUCCCCGUGGAGCUGUGGAGGGUUAUCUUGGCAUAUCUUCCGCUCCCUGACCUGGGCCGCUGCUGCCAGGUGUGCCGUGCCUGGCGGGAGCUCAUCCUCUCACUAGACAACACCCGCUGGAGACAACUCUGCUUAGGCUGCCCUGAGUGCCGACAUCCCAACUGGCCCAGUCAGCCCCACCAGGAGCCCCCGUCCUGGAGAGAGGCCCUUAAGCAGCACGCCCUGUCGACCCGCACCUGGACUCAAAACGGGCCAGAGCUCCAGUCCUCUGCCUGCCUCCUCUUUUUCCGCCGUCGGAAAGACCGCAGGGUUUGGCACGUGGGGUCUGGAUGUGAGUUUGAGACCCUACGCGGGGCUCUCGGAGUGGUGGGGCCAUAUGACCGUGUAGUUCUCCAUCCAGGGGUGUAUGAGGAGCAGGCUGAAUUGGCACUGAAGGUGCCUGUGGAGCUGGUGGGGCUGGGUCGAUUGGGCGAGGUGGCCCUCCUGGUGUGUAUGGAGCAGCAGUGCCCUACUGCUCGGCUGUGUAAUCUGGUGUUCAUGACACCCUGGUUCUCCACUGUGGUCUACAAGACGUCAUGGGGACACGUUCAACUAGAUAACUGCAACUUUGAGGGGGCUCAGUUGCAAAUACGUGGACCAGGAUCCUGCCAGGCUCGCUUCUGCUCCUUCUCACAGGGCAGCUCUGCCCACUUGAAGGGCGUUGUCCUCAGUUUGAUGGACAGCUGUGACUUCUCGGGAAGUGACACAGCUUCUGUGACAGUUGAAGGUCCUCCAGUGUCAGAAGGAAACUGGGCUUGUAAACACUUGGCGGCCCUGGCCAGGACGUUCCCAUCAUGUGGCGCAUCUGGGAAUAAUACCCCUCCCAGAGGCCCUCCGGCUGGCUCCACUGGUGGCCAUCAACCUCCAGGUGCUAAUGUUAAAAAGGAGCAUUUGAGCAUAGAAGACUGGCAGAGGAGGAAUGGGGUGGAUGCAGGGUGUCAGGGCACAGUGAUUGAAGAUGUCUGGAGUGAUGGCGACCGCAGCGAGGGAGAGGAGGAGAACCGAGAUGGAGGAGGAACUAACACCAAAAACCCAUUUAUAUUGGAUUACAAAAUCCCUUGUGACCAUCAUGGUCUAUCCCAUUUGCUCAAGCCCCGGCCAGAUGGCUCUCUGCCACUAGCCGGGGUGGAUCCACCAUCUGUGACCCCUGAAACCCUGACCUUUCAGCAGGAACUAGACAGGGACCCAGAGGCUCAGAUGUUGGUCGCCUCCACCCUUGGCUGUAUCCUCAGACGCUGCCUCUUCAGGGAAGGGAAGGGUGGCGUGCAUGUGUCUAAUUGCGGACAAGCUCGUCUGGAGGGCAAUGUUUUCCGUGGGCUGAACUAUGCUGUCCGCUGCAUCCAGAACGCCACAAUAGUGAUGCUGAGAAAUGAAGUGUGUGAGUGUCGUGCAUCGGGUGUGUUCCUGCGCCUCUCUGCUCAGGGCCUCAUCGCCGAGAACAACAUCCACUCGAAUGGGGAGGCGGGGCUGGACAUCCGAAAAGGGGCUAACCCCAUCAUUGUGUGCAACAAAAUACACAGUGGUUUGCGUUCAGGGGUUGUUGUCCUUGGCAAUGGAAAAGGUUCAAUUCGGAGCAACCAGAUCUACAACAAUAAGGAAGCGGGCGUGUAUAUUCUCUUCAGCGGGAAUCCUGUGGUCAGUGGGAAUCACAUCUUCCAGGGCCAGGCCGCAGGGAUUGCUAUAAACGAGAAUGGCAGAGGGAUGAUAACAGAGAAUGUGAUCAAAGAGAACCAGUGGGGGGGUGUGGACAUCCGCAGAGGAGGUGACCCCAUCCUGAGGAACAACUACAUCUGUUCUGGCUACUCAGACGGCGUCGUGGUGGGAGAGAGAGGCCGCGGACUUAUUGAGGGAAAUCAUGUGUACUGUAACAAAGGCUGUGGUGUGUGGGUUAUGUCGUCCAGCCUCCCGCAGCUCCUGGGAAACCACAUCACCCAUAACUGUAUGUAUGGGCUGGCAGUGUUCUGCAGGAAAGACCCAGAGAACAUCGAGGCCAGGGAGGGAAACUGGCCAGGGCAGGAAGGGAUUGGUGGAGACGCAGACAGCGGGGAAAGGAGGGGGGUAGAAGGAGAAGGGAGAGAAGGGCAGGAGAACUUAAAUGAAGAGGGGGAACUGUUUGCAUGGGAGAGUGAUCUGGACAGCGAGGACGAGCGCCACUCUGCCCGUCGUUCCAUCAGUGUGGCCUUGGUGGAGAGCAACUGCAUGAGCUACAAUGGAGCGGUUGGUCUGUACGUGAAGAGCAGCGAGCCCCUGAAUGUUUUUUCUAACCUCGUAAACAGUAACCGUGGCACUGGCAUAGCUGUGCUGCAGAGCAGUCAGCUGACCCGACUGGUUACAAACUGCAUUCUUGAAAAUGGUCGAGGUGGUGUUACGGUGGAGAAAGACUGCCGAGUGGAGCUUCGCGGUAACGGCGUCUAUAAAAACUGCAGCCAUGGUGUCAGUUUCAGUGGUAACGGGCAGAUUUUGGAGAAUGAUGUCGUUGGGAACCUUGGAUAUGGGAUCCAGGUCUCCGGCAGUGCUGACAUCAAGGUAAUGCGCAAUCGUGUCCAACCAGCACAGGGCUGCGGCGUUGCUGUCCUGGGGCCAGUAAAAGGCGUUGUCCAUGACAAUAUCUUGUUCCAGGGUCACCCUGGAAACAAAAAGGCACUUCUACAUAUGGAUCCUGGCAAUGAGAGCUGUGUGUUGCGCAACAACAGUGUUCUAAGGCAUAAUAACAGCUGUACAUCUGCUCCUGCCUGGGUUUUGGAAAACCCUCCACCGCGCCCGCUGGCCAGCUCCCCUUCUGGCCUCUCCGCAUCCCAAUAUCCUUCCAGACUUGCGAUUUCCAUGACGACCAGGAUCAGCGCCACUGUAGAAAGUGGUUGCCACAAUGGCAGUAUGUUCUGCUCCAUCCUGUGAAUGCUGGCAAGCAUUUAGAAGAGAAUACGAACUGGUGUAUAAUUGUGAGAGAAGACAUUCCAAAACGAUGCCCUCCCGUUGAGGUCUAGUAACAAAGAGGCUGCUCCGAGUAUAACCACUGAAGGAGGCCACCCACCUUCCUGUACGUUGAGGUGGCAUAACAUUUUUGUAACUGUAUGGUUAAAUGCCAGUGCACUCAUCAUGAAACUGGAGUACAAAACAUUCAAACAUUGUCAUCAUCCUACAUCGUAAAAAAAAACGUUUCCAUACAAAGCUUUAACUUAUAGUGUUCUUUUACGUUCAGAUUCACGUUCAGAUUCACGUGCAGACCUGCUGUAGACUUUUGUUCGUUUCGUCAAGUUCGCUUCGGAGACUCACUGGUUGGGAAGUGCACAUUUUUAUAAAUCCUAGCGGGAGUCAAAGGCUUCAGAGAUGCCAGCUUCAAAGCUACAAAGUAAAGCUGUGCCUUGUUGGACUUUUUAAUUCAGUCAAUGAUUGUAGCUAGGGAAGGAGUCGUCGUAGUGUGAGCUGUAUAUGCAUAAAGGCAGAAAAAAACAAAGCCAAACUUAACGCUUCUGCCUCUUGCACAGAGCCGUCUCCUGGUGAGUGUUUUUGUAUCAUGUCCUCCAUGUUUUUAAAAUGUGAUGCACCUCAGCUUUCUUUGACUUCAUGAAAUAAAUUCAGUGAAGGACAAGUUAUCAUUCCAGAUACUAUCAACACACUGCGCAGUGACACACAGACUCACCUGGUACUUUGCCAGUUAUAGAAGGAAACAUUAUAUUCAGUGUGCAAUAUGUGCUGUCUACAAAUGUGCCUAUGUUUUUAACUGUACGCUAGAUGCUUUCUGUCAUCUAGAAUUUGUUUACAGCUCAUUCCUCUGCUUUUUUUUUUGUAUCUUGCACAGUAAGCAAUAAGUAACGAUAUCAUGUACAACUCAAAGUUCACCACUUUAUUUGUCUACAAAAUAAACAGUUCUCGUUUGUGACAUUUCCAA